GUGUUCAUCGCGUAAGCAUGAAGAGUGCAGAAACAUUGUUUUCUCUCACACUAGCACAGUUGACAGUGGCACACAGAAACAGUCAAAUCAGCUAGCUGCAAACAAAAUGAACCAAUAAAAAUAUCCUCACAACUCACAAGGCAGGAAGACACUUCAUAAGCCAAGUAGCCAACACUCCUUGCACACUGUAGCUAACCCCUCCUGGUAGUUCAUCAGCAUGGCCAUCGCCAAUGGAAGUCUUGCUUUAGCACUCAUUGGGGUGAUCACGACUGGUAUAGUAGCAGUCGUGACCAUAGUUGCGAUUUACAAGUGCGCCAAGAUCGCCAUCAAAAUGUGGUAUAGUAGCAGUCGUGACCAUCACACGCCCAUCGCCAACGGCGGCGGCAGCAGCAGCAGCCGGGGCGGAAUCGGCGGCGCGGACGCGGACGUCGUCGAGAUGGGCAGCAUGAGCCACUUCAUCGAGGGCCUCCAGAACGAGCGGCCCGUGCGGUUCAGCGCGCGGCAGCUGCGCGCCUUCACCAAGAGCUACGCCCACAAGGUCGGCUCCGGCGGGUUCGGCGUGGUGUACCGCGGCGUGUUCCCGAGCGGCGCGCCGGUGGCCGUCAAGGUGCUGAACAGCACGCUCGGGAAGCGCGCCGAGGAGCAGUUCAUGGCGGAGGUCGGCACCAUCGGGAGGACGUACCACAUCAACCUCGUCCGCCUCUACGGCUUCUGCUUCGACGCCGACGUGAAGGCGCUCGUGUACGAGUACAUGGAGAAGGGCUCGCUGGACCGCUACCUGUUCGACUCGUCGCCGUCGCCGGCGGCGGAGAGGAUCGGGUUCGAGAAGCUCCACGAGAUCGCCGUCGGGACGGCGAAGGCGGUGCGGUACCUGCACGAGGAGUGCGCGCAGCGGAUCAUCCACUACGACAUCAAGCCGGAGAACGUGCUCCUCGGCGCCGGGAUGGCGCCCAAGGUGUCCGACUUCGGGCUCGCCAAGCUGUGCGACAGGGAGGACACCCACCUGACCAUCACCGGCGCGCGCGGCACCCCGGGGUACGCGGCGCCGGAGCUGUGGAUGCCGCUCCCCGUGACGCACAAGUGCGACGUGUACAGCUACGGGAUGCUGCUGUUCGAGAUGCUCGGGAGGCGGCGGAACCUGGAGCUCGGCGCCGGGGCCGGCGCGCACGGGCACGGCAGCCAGGAGUGGUACCCGCGGUGGGUGUGGCACCGGUUCGAGGCCGGCGAGACGGAGGCCGUGCUGGCGCGCGCGACGGCGGCGGCGGCGGGCGGCGGGAGGGAGAGGGAGAAGGCGGAGAGGGUGUGCAUGGUGGCACUGUGGUGCGUGCAGUACAGGCCGGAGGACAGGCCGUCCAUGGGCAACGUCGUGCGGAUGCUGGAAGGGGAGGACCACAUCGCCGCGCCGCGCAACCCGUUCGCCCACCUCGCGCCGUACAGCGCCGCCGGCUCGUCGCCGACCACCACUACCGCCACCACGGAAUCGGAUGGUUCGUCGGCUCGUACCGGCAGGUAGACGUGUCGGAAACGAAUUCCCGUUUUCUGAUUCUUCCACGUUUGCACAGCACGGGUGUGAGUUGUCAGCAAGGCUGUUGUGUUCAAAGACGUACACCUACUGAUGUGUAUAAGUGCAUGUCUACAACAUUUUAGUGUGUUAGACUGUUAUAGUGCCGUAUUUGUUCCGCUAAUUUUGGUUUUAAACGUUUCGGUGUGACUCAAUUCGACUCUGCAGUCUGUACUCUGUAGCGAGGAAGAUGGGUUAGACAUGUGGGCCCUGACUGUCAUUGGGAGGAUCAGAGGUAGAGGAGGAUCGAUUUUGCUAUAUAUUUGUUGACAAUUUUUCUCUCUGAAAUUUAACAUAUGUAAAUACAGUGUGAUCAUAGUGUAAUUAUAUUGUACUAACUUACAUGUAAAUACAGUAUAUCUUAUGUGUAACUUUCAUAUAUUUUUAAA